AUGAUCUACACGAACCUUGAUAAUUUCUACCUCAGCAAGGAAGAUCUUGAAAGGAGCCCAUCGAGACAGGAUGGUGUGUCCGAGGACACAGAGACAGAACUCAGAAUAUUUGGGACUACCCUCAUCCAGACGGGCGGCUAUUUGCUGGAGCUUCCUCAAGUUGUUAUGGCAACAGGACAAGUGCUGUUCCACCGCUUUUUCUGCAAAGAAUCGAUGGCGAAAUUCGAUGUAGAGAAAGUGGCCUGGACAUGCUGCUGGCUCGCCACAAAGCUAGAAGAAAUUCCACGCCGCGUACGGGACGUUCUGGCUGUCUUCUACCGCUUGCAGCUCAGGCGGCAGGCUCUUCCCCUGAAACCACUAGACUUCUACACUGUGGAGUAUGAGACGAUGAAGCUCGAACUUAUAAGAGUGGAGCGUAUGAUUUUGCGCGAAUUUGGCUUCAUUGUGCACGUUGAGCAUCCGCACAAGCUGGUCUUGAACCACUUGCAUAUGAUGCUGGGCACAGGGCAUCGAGAGCUGAUGCAAGAAGCCUGGAACCUCACGAAUGACAGCCUGAGGACGACGUUGUGCGUGCGCCUGAAGAGCGAAGUGGUGGCUUGCGGCAUAAUCUUCAUGGCCGCGCGGCGUCUCAAGAUCCCCCUGCCUGAGGAGCCUCCCUGGUGGGAGCUGCACAAUAUCACCUUUGAGGACAUCUGUGAGGUCUGCAUGGAGGUGCACAGCUUGUAUCAGCGGCCACCUGCGCGCUACAUUGCUCUGACGCGAGGCGCGCAGGCGAGCAGCGCAGCCGCGACUCCACAGGCCUCUCCAAUGACGGGCCAGGGCAGCCCUGUCAUGUCGCUCGGGCCACCGGGAGCUGCCAGCUCUCGCGGUGCAGCAGCUGUGGACAGCGGUGCUCAGCCGCCACAUGCUGCGGAGACGUCCCUGCCAAACGGGGUGCGAUGUGGACCUUUACUCCAGUAUGCUGGUGUGAAAGUGCUGCAAAGGAGCUCAUGCUGA